AUGACAUGCUUCCUCCAGGUUCUCGCCUGCCUUGCUGGAGUGGUUUUCGGCGCGAGCGCAGACUGCAUGGUAGAAAUUGGCGACUCCACCCUGACCUUAGAAGGCAUUAUCAGCAAGCGUUUUGCGAACAAGGAGUGGCAGGAGAACCGCACAGUGCCGGACGAGAUGAUCCGACAGAUGUUGGAGUACGUUCUGAAAGCCCCAAGUGCCCUCAACACCCAGCCGGGCAGAUUGAUCAUCGUCGACACAAAGGAGGGAAAAGAGCGGCUGGCAGCAGCCAUGCACGGGCCCAAUCCAGACCACGUCUUGUCAUCCUCCUUCUCCGUUGUCUUCGCCGCCGACCCGGAUCCUCCGCUUCCUGCCGAUGCACCAGACUUCGCAGCCCGAGUGCUGAAGGAGGUGUCCCUGCACCAGGCAUGCAGCCCUCGAGCAUGGGCCGAGAAGCAGGUUAUGCUUCAGGUAGCAUAUUUCCUUCUGGAAGCCACAGCGCAUGGCCUGAACACGAACCCCAUGGAGGGCUUCAAGUCACCUGCAGCAGUGCGAGAGGCGGUGGGCUUGCCUGACAACCAUGGCGUAGCCGUCGUUGUGGCUGUGGGCUAUGCAAAGCAAGCAGGAUUCCAGGCUUCCAGACGGCCCUUGAAGGAGGUUUGCUUCCGAGGCCGCUUCGGCACUCCGUUCGGAUCUGUGUGA